GUGUACCAAGUCACUUGGAAAUGCAUUUAAUGCUCCCCUAUCAACUCAAGAUACAGGCCCUCUCAGGCGAUACUGUAGAUCUGGCCGAUCAAGCUAUCUCGUCUCGUCAUCUCCGAUCAAUAAACGCACUGUAUGACGAUAGAUAAGCGAUAAGAUCGCCCCCACAGAGAGGUCUCUAGACAGAUCGAACGAGAAUACUGUCUUCUUAACAUCAAUCAUACCUUCUCGUACAUGACUGUACAUGACUGUACUUGAAUGCAAUUGAUAUAGUCUUUCGCCGAAGUAGGUUGACAAGAGAACAUGUCUAAAGACGCCCCGAUCGUCAUUGUCGGCGCGGGGGUUUUCGGCCUCACGAGCGCCAUCCACCUGGCUCGGCGGGGGUAUACCAAGAUCACCGUGUUUGACCGCCAGCCGUACCAUGAGACGUGGUAUGAUUUCGAUAAGGGCUGCGAUGCCGCUUCCGCAGACCGCAACAAAAUCAUCCGUGCAGCUUACGGGGAUGAAGUUUGGUAUCAGAACCUCACAUUGCAGGCGAUUGACGAGUGGGAGGGCUGGAACGCUACCCUAGCAGCAGGGAAGGACCUCCCCCCGGGUAUGACGGCCCAGGACCGCAUCUACGUCAAUUGUGGCACUUACCGCAUGGGCGACGAGUCGUCAACAAGUCUCAGUCCCUUCGAGGAGCGCUCUAUACACAACUUGACAGCUGCCGGCAGAGGCCAGACACAGUAUCUCCUUCAUCAGCCCGGCGAGGUUGCGCGCGCCCGCGCCGACGGGUUCGCUCAUGGUAUCGAUCCGUUCCAGCUGGCCGAUAAAACCGACGGCGACGAGGGUGAACACCGUGGAUAUCUCGACAUGAUCGGAGGAUUUGUGUACGCUGACAAGGCGUGUCGUUUCGCGCUACACCUCGCACAGCAGCUGGGGGUGACGUGUGUGCUAGACUCGCAGGCAGGACAAUUUGUCGGAUUCGUCGAAGAGGAAAGCAGCGAGCAUGGUAGUACAGCAACGAGGAGAGUCGUCGGGAUUCGCACAGCGGAUGGUAAACAGCACCGAGCCAGCAUCACCAUCCUUGCCUGUGGCGGCUGGACUCCCAGCCUGCUACCAGCGAUGGACGGGCUGUGCGAGACAACCGCCGGGUCGAUAGCGACGCUGAGCAUCCCCGACUACCUCCGCGAGCGGUUCUCGCCCGACAACUUCCCCGUCUGGCUGUACAGGCAGCCCGGGGGAUCUGGCGGCGACCUGUACGGCUUUCCUGUCGACGAGCAGGGGGUGAUGAAACUAGGCUAUCGCGGUACCAAGUUCACGAAUCCGCAGGUACAAGCUGUUGACGGCCGCUUCCGCAGCGUGCCCAUCACUCGCUGGACGAGACCAGACAGUAUCACAGGCCUGCCGGCGCAGUCGCUGCGCGUCAUCCGCGGCUUCCUCGACGCGUAUCUUCCAGAACUGCGAGCGAACGGGGUCGAGGUCUCAGACACCCGGUUGUGCUGGUACACGGACUCGUUCGAUAACCAGUUCGUAGUCGACAAUGUUCCCGGUAGAGAGGGAUUGCUCGUCGCCACGGGGGGUAGCGGCCACGCUUUCAAGUUUCUCCCGGUUCUGGGACGGUUUGUAGCCGACCGCGUCGAGGGGAUUGACUCGGAUCUGUUGAGACGUUGGCGCUGGAGGAAGCUGCAGGAGGGCGAGAAACCGCAUAAUGGGUUUAUGACGGGACCGAGAGAUGCAAAGGCGUUGCAGAAUGUGCAGUUUGAGGGAGAUGUCUCGAAAUUGUAAUUGAAUCAGGAGGAGUACAGAGUAGAUAAAUGAAGAUAAAUAGAUAGUGGC